AUGACAGAUUUGAACCGCCCCCCACAUCUCGCCGACAAUCACCCUUCGUCAUCACAGGACCUGCAGAUCAACAUUACCCAAGAGACCGGACACAGCGAUGCGGACAGCCACUAUGUGCCUCGUCCGAAGCGCAUCGCCUGCGUCCUCUGUCGGAGGCGAAAGCUGAGAUGCGACGGAAAGAGGCCGAGCUGCGGCACUUGCUCCCGACUCGGCCAUGAAUGCGUUUUCGACGAAGUGCGCAAGAAAAGCGGGCCCAAACGAGGUUAUGUGAAACAGUUGGAAGCGCGAUUGGCGCAGGUCGAGAACCUACUCAAGAAUCAGAAAACAAAUCCAACCCCAGACCAAGGGAGCAGUUUCACCGGGUCCGUCGCAAACCCCUCAACCGAUAUUCCCGAUAUUCUUGCCAUAAUCAAUGAAUCGAGCGCAUUCCAACAACGCCAUGAUCGUGUUCCGGACCCGUUCUCCGCUCAGGUGUUCCAGCACGCAGGCACGACCAACACACCGAACUACGGCAUGGAAAUGAUCAGUCUUGGUUUAGAGGAACCUCUUCCCAGUCAAGGAAUUAUUGAUGAGCUGAACGAAAUAUACUUCAAGAAAAUCCAUCCCGGCAUGCCUAUACUACAUCGUCCCAGACUACUGGCGGCCAUGAGCCUCGGACCUAGCACACGACCUCCCCUGUGCUUGCAGUAUAUAAUGUGGAGUCACGCGGCCUCCAUCAGCGAUAAAUACUCUAGCUUGCAUUCCGUCUUCUAUGAGCGAGCUCGCAAGUACGCAGAAGCGGACGAACUGAGAGGGCUGGGCGAGCAUGCAGUGUCCCUAGGUCACUGCCAGGCUUGGGUACUCAUCUGUUCCUACGAGUUCAAGAUGAUGUUCUUCCCUCGAGCUUGGUUGAGUUCCGGAAAAGCCGCAAGGCUCGCUAUCAUGAUGGGAUUGAAUCGGGUUGAUGGAGAAGGUAUCGACGUGAAGCAGACUCUGACAGCCGCCAAGGACUGGAGUGAGAAGGAAGAGCGACGGCGGGUUUUCUGGAUGGCCUAUUGUGCCGACCGGUUUGCCAGCAUCGGCACUGGAUGGCCCGUUGUGUUCGACGACAAAGAUGUCUUGACCAAAUUACCGGCUUCUGAAGAGUCCUUCAUCAAGAACCAGCCUGAAGAGACAAUUUCUCUCGAAGCUGCGUACUUGGGAGAGGGCAUGUCUACGUUGUCUGCUUUCGGGGGUGUGUCGUUCAUGGCCAGCAUAUUUGGCAAGAAUCUUGCUCACCUACAUCGGCCUAAUCCGCACGAAGACGACCACGACCUCAAUGGAGUAUACUGGCAGCGUCACAGGUCCCAUGACAAUAUACUGCUGCAUUUUUCUCUUACCAUGCCUUCCCAUCUGCGAUUGUCCGUUGGGACCACUGACCCCAACGUCAUCUUUUGCAGCAUGGCCAUCCACACAGCCACUAUCUGUCUGCACCAGGCGGCUAUCUACAAGGCGGAGAAGAACAAGAUGCCAGGGCCGAUUGCCACGGAAAGCAAGAGAAGAUGCAUUCUGGCCGCGGAGCAAAUCUCGAACAUUUUGAGACUGAGCAGCCACGUCGACCCGAGCAAGAUGAGUGUGCUCACACCAUUUUGUGUCUAUGUCGCUGCGCGUGUCUUUGUACAAUACUUGAAAUUCCGGCCGGACGAUUCGGCAGCCCGUUCAUCUCUACAGUUCGUCUUUUCGGCACUCCAUUUGCUGAAGACCAAGAACCCCCUUGCGGAAUCGUUCAUUUUCCAGCUAGAUCUCGAUACCGCAGGUACCGUAUGGUCAGACUUUAAUCAGUCGAAGAAGGCUUGCUUCAUGAGAGCAGGCCUGCAGCGAGAUGCGGUACGAGCCAUCCCUUCUGUAGAGAUCCGCAGAAAUACUAAUCAAUCACUCUCUCCAGGCCUUUGCUGA